CCGGGAGAAGCGACCGCGAUGAAGGACCGGACGCAGGAGCUGCGCACGGCCAAGGACAGUGAUGAUGAUGACGAGGUUACUGUUGGUGUGGAUCGGGAUCACUUUAUGGACGAGUUUUUUGAGCAGGUGGAAGAAAUCCGUGGGUUCAUAGAGAAGAUCUCAGAAAAUGUGGAAGAGGUGAAGCGAAAGCACAGUGCCAUCCUUGCAGCCCCAAACCCUGACGAGAAAACCAAGGAGGAGCUGGAGGAAUUAAUGUCUGACAUCAAGAAGACAGCCAACAAAGUGCGCUCCAAGCUAAAGAGUAUUGAACAGAGUAUUGAACAAGAGGAAGGGCUGAACAGAUCAUCAGCAGAUCUGAGAAUAAGGAAAACUCAG